AUGGACUUGCUUGCGCAGCCGCCUUUGCCGGCGAAUCCCCCUCUGCCGCCCAACCCCGGGCCGCCAAACGGCUAUGGGCAGCACGAGCGGCCUCAGCAGCAGCAACAGAAGCGCAAGAAGCGCGGCAAGCGGGGGUCUGGGCUGGGCCCCAACUCCCGCCCCUUCAAGCAGCAGCAGCGCGCCCCGCAGCAGCUGGGAUUCUUCGGCCAGGUGCCCAACCUCCAAGACCUGCGGCAGGAGAACUGGCGGCGCACGCAGCAGCACUUCGCGGGCCCGCCCCGAGGAGGCUUCCAGCAGGGGCCGGGCCCCAGCCAGCAGCAGCAGCAGCACGGCCGCCACCGCCGACCGCGUUCCAAGGGAGCCAAGCAGCCUAAGUUCAAGCCGCGCCCCGUCCCCCUGACGCCAGCAACCAUCAACCCGCUGGACACCCCCGCCAACGUGGGCAAGGCGGUGGCCGCGGCUCCGCCCCCCGGAGUGGACAAGCUGGAGGCUGAGGGCUUGCAGGCGGGCCUAGACUGGUACGGCACCAACGAGAACUCGGCGGCGCUCUUCCUGGCCGGCCAGCAGAUGACCACGAGCGACUCGGAAGAGGAGAACGAGAUGGAGGAGGAGGAGGGGUCGGAGGGGGAGCUGCACUCGGGUGGUGGCGGCGAGGCGGGUGCUGCACCGGCCGACGGCGCGCGGCUGCCGCGCCACAUGGAGGCGCGGCUGAUGGAGCAGGAGGCCUACAUUGCCGAGCUGGAGGACCAAAACCUGAGGCUGCGGGAGCAGGUGGAGAUGCUGCAGCAGGAGGUGGCUGAGCUGCGCGGCCAGGGCGCCCGCGCGCCCGCGGAGAGCGAGGAGGGCUUUGCGGAGCACAGCGAGGGCUCCCUGCCAGGCGACCUCAGCGUGAUGCAGCAGCACCACCAGCCGUGACCCUGCCCCUGUGCCCUGCCCAGCACCAGAGCAGCAGCAGCCACAUCCCCUUGCACAUGCGUGCCUGUCUGUAUGCGCGGGCGCUCCUGCUGAGCCCUGCGCAGCAGUAGGUGCCUGCCUGCAGAGCGACACCUUGCCGAGCGGGCGCCCAGCGCUGUGCCGUGUCGAUGCGCCGCGGUGGCCUGGCCCCCCUGUAUCGUCACCCGUGGCGCCCCCUGCCUGCUCCGGCCCAAAGUUGAUCGGUGCAUCCUGCCCGUCUUCCCGCGCCAGCAGAAGCACACCCAGCCCGGUGAAACGCACUGUACACAUAUACAACCGCAAUGGACUGCCCAUGCUUGCAUACGCACUGCCGCACCACGCACUGCCCUGACGUGCCAGCACCACCCGAGCACUGACUUGUAGCCCCUCGCCAGCUGUUUGUUUUUGCAUGCCGCCCUGUACUCUCCCGCACGCCGCAGUUUUGACGCACACGGUUUCCGCCCCCUUGCCCCCCCGAUCGGUGAUUACCCCCUUCUGUACUCCCGCCCUUUCUUUUUGCACCUGGUUCGCAUAUGGAGCCAACAAUGUUCUUUCUACCACCUGUGCUUCUACUCGGCGUCCACUCACUCAUGGUGCACCCAUUUAUUCCAGCCACCUUUCUCUCUCCAACAGCACCUGUGGCCCCUCAACGCCCCGGGUCACUUUUGUAACAUCAUCUACGCUU